AGCGGGCGCGCGCAGCCGCAAGCGUCGGCCGCAGCCCCGGCGGGUGCCCCGCGGGUGUGGCGGGUUCGGGAGCCGGCAGGGGGCCAGCGUCCCGCCCGGAGCUCGGGCCGCGCGCAGCUUCUCGGGCUCCCUCUCGACCCAGCCCUCCGCGGCUCGCGGGCAGGCCCCCCGCGCUCGUGCAGGCGGCAGAGAGAGCUAGCGCGCGGGGCCGGGCCGGCGAGGGCGGACGCCCGGCAGGCAGCCGAGCGCUCGCGGCCCUGGGAGCGCGGCGCGGAGGCGGUCCGUCCAGCGCCGGCCGGCGGGCGGCGUGCGCCCGGGCGUGCCGCGCUCGCAGCCGGUGCGCUUCCAGAGCUGUGCCCGGGCUCGGUUCUGCGGCGAGAAUGCCGGCGCUUCACAUCGAAGAUCUGCCGGAAAAGGAAAAGCUGAAGUUGGAAGUUGAGCAACUUCGCAAAGAAGUCAAGUUGCAGAGGCAACAGGUGUCUAAAUGUUCUGAAGAAAUAAAGAACUACAUUGAAGAACGUUCUGGAGAGGAUCCUCUGGUGAAAGGAAUUCCAGAAGACAAGAAUCCUUUUAAGGAGAAAGGCAGCUGUAUUAUUUCAUAAGUAACUCUGGAGAGAAAUUUCAUCCUCAGUAGAAGAACUAGUUUGUUUUGGUUUUCUGAAAUAAAACCGAAAUUCCUUUUAAAGAAGGAAAACAAAAUUUAAGGACUUUCUUAAACACUUAUAUUGAUACGGUUAUGUAUAAAAGCUGUGUGCUUCUCAUCUUUGCUCACUAUACCCCCUUGUUAAGAGGGCAGAGAGUAUCAAAUGUACAAUUACGGAAAUAAGGACAUUACUUGUGCAUGACUCACUUCUUUCAGUAUAUUGCUUGAUGCCUUAAAUAAAGUUUUAUCUCUGGAAAAUGA